GACCGCAGAUCUCUGUCAUCCUCCAGAAACAGCAGUUUGUUGGCCAACCAGCAUUUCACAGCUCGAGCUCGUCACAGCUUCCUGUGUGGUGUGCAGCAUCUCAGUUUGAGCAGGAGUGCACACUGACAGACUCUUCUGCUAAAUCAAAAGCAAGAAGCAGAUCCAGUAAUCCAAAAUGUCGAACCCAGCGGUCACCCAUCAACCGGGCGCAGGCAGUUUUGGGACAAAUGUCCAAACAGGAGAGUGGAGCACAGGCCUGUGCUCCUGCUUCAGUGACUGGUUUAUCUGUGCUCUCGGUUGUUGCUGUCCAACGAUAUUGAGCUGCUACACAGCAAAUAAGUACGGAGAAAACUGCUGCUUGGGUUGUGUGCCAGGUGGCACAACGGCCAUUAGGACUCAUAUGAGACUGACCUAUGGCAUUCAGGGAACAAUAAUCAACGAUGCCCUGAUGACCUUUUUCUGCGGGCUAUGUGAGACUUGCAGGAUGGCGCGAGAAAUCCGCAUCAGGAAUGGAGAAGUUUAAUCUUAAGAAGACAUAAAGGAUUCUGGCCCCCAAUAUACAGUAUUUUCAUGUUGAUGAUGUCCAGCUAUUGUGGAAGUCAUUUGUUUAUUUCUGUAGCAGGCCUAUAGCUUUCAUGCAGACCACAAAGAAGGAUCAGUUAAUGAAUUAUGCAUUUCUUACCUGUAGCCUUAUAUGUACCUGUCUAACUGUGUGACAAAGUGCUAGUGCUGAUCUGCAUUGCUGUAAAUAAACUGCAUUGUUUAGUCACUCACAA